AUGCACCGCAUCACCGACGCCAUUCGCGAGGAUCAUCGUGAGAUCCAGUCUUACUACGAUCUGAUCUGCAAUGCCGAAGAUAGCGAUGAGCAGACUCGAUUCCAAAAUCAAUUUACAUGGGAACUCGCCCGUCAUGUCGUGGGCGAGGAACUAGUGCUGUACCCCGCGCUAGAAGCACAGCUGCCCAAUGCCGAUACUAGUGAUGAUCGGCAACAGCACCGCACGAUCAAAGAAAAACUUGAGAUCUUUCAAAGCAUGAGCUGCUCCGAUCCUCGCUUUAUCCCCACUAUGACGAUCCUUAUGGAAGAUCUCUCAGCCCACGUCCAUAUUGAGGAGACCCGGAAUCUCGUUCAACUAGAGGCUUCCAUCACAGCCGAGGAGAGCAUUCGCUUAGCACGUUCUUUUGACCGCGCCAAGUCGUUUGCCCCCACACGAGCCCAUCCCGAAUUGCCCGAUUCCUCUUAUGAGACGGUAGCUGAUUUUGUGGCUGCCCCACUGGAUCAUCUGGUAGAUCUGUUUCGACGCUGGCCGGGCGAUGGACUGACUCCAAUUCCAGAGAUGGAAUAG